UUUCAAGGCCCCCGCAACGUUCCCUUUCCACAACACGACGUCAUCACUGUGAGAUCGGUCCAAAUCCGAGAACAACGGGCUUGGCUUGGAACGACUUACGGCUUUUGUAUAAUGUGUGGCCCGGCGCAAAUAGUUAGAAAACGUUUCAAAAAGCUAUUCUUAUAAAACGUGAAUAAUUGAACUAGUAACAACAAAAAAUUCUUUUCGACGCUUUUAAGUACGAAAUAUUUUACAUGCCUACAUUUUUGCUACGUAAGAAACUUAAUUCCGUUGACGUGUGGAGCGCAGUAUCGUGGAAGGCACGAAUUUUGGUGGCGCGUACUGCCACAUCUGGCAACCAUAAACAGUAGUAACGGCGCAUUUGUUUCUGGCCGCUGGCGUUGAUGUGCUGCUUUCUGUUUUGUUCUUGUUUGUUCUCGGGUUACGCGACAUGCCUGGCUGCUGUUGUGCGCCGAACUGUAACUCAAACUAUGUGAGUGGGCCGAAAGUGCGGGUUUACCGCUUUCCUUCUGAUGCGGAACGAAGAACGGCUUGGACAAAAGCAAUACCUCGCGAAGACUUCGCGCCAACGAAGUACAGCGUGGUCUGUGAAAAGCACUUUUCUCCGGGUGACUUCGCCACUACUACAACGUACACGGACGAAAAAACUGGACGAGUGCUUGAAGUUCCUCUUCAAUUACGGCGGCUGAAGCCCUGCGCUACUCCUAGCAUCUUCCCCAACUGCCCUGCAUACCUGUCCCGCAACACACCUGCUGCCCGCGAAGGUCCUGAAGAAAAGCGCGCUCGGCUUGAAGCGGAGGCCCUGCAGCAAGCACUGGCGCGCUCCACCGAAGCUUAUGAAGACGAACAGAGAAAUAAUUCCGUUAGCAGCUUUGACGAACUCGUGGCUGCUCUCAAGGAAUUCCAGGUGGCCGAUUUCUGGACAAAGCUGGUCACUGACAAGCAAGUGCUUUUUUUGAACUUUGCUCCUCGAGAUGCACCAGUUGUGCGCUAUUCAGUGACGGUCUCUGCAGAUCUUUCAUUGAAAGCGUUUAUUGGGGACCUGCAGCUCGACAAGGUUGGUCUUCUCAUUUUUCCAAUGUGUGUGUCCGACAUUAGGGAGCUAGAGAAAGCUUUAGAGGUUGUGCAUGGUUUUGCCAAGAACUCCUCUAACGAUCAGCAGCGACUAGAAAUUGUCUUAAAGAAGACAGUGGCAAUCCUAGAGGAGCUGUCAUCAGAAAAUUUCCCUCAUGAGUGGCAAAUGGAAAUUGUGAACUUCUUAAUGCAGCAGGUUCAUCCGGAGCACGUCAAAGCUCAAACUGCCCCAUCCUGA